GCCGGAAGGAGCCAUCCGCGGCGCCGCGCACUCUCCAUUGGCCGAGAGUGGCGGCGGGGGCAGGCCCAGGCCUGCGAUUGGCUGGUGGAGCAAGGUGUCCGGAGGCCCUAGCGGCCAGCGGGCGCUGACGCUCAUGGAGAACCCUUCGGUGCUGAACCAGGGGGCUGCGCAGCAGAGGGGCCCCAUGGCUCCAGAGAAGCCGGCUCAGGACCAAUCGGAGCAGAGGCCGGGGCGGCGGAGGCCCGGGCGGAGGACCAAAGAGGACCAAGAAGAGGAAACGGCUUUUAGACAUGUGGUCAGUUUCAACCCAGACCCUUUACCAGCUAGAUAUUAUGACAAGGAUACCACCAGACCUGUCAGUUUUUACUUAUCAUCCCUGGAGGAGCUCCUGGCCUGGACCCCUGCCAUGGAUGAUGGUUUCAAUGUAGCCCUGGAGCCCCUGGAGCGUCGCCAGCCCCCGCUGAGCAGCCCUAGGCCCCGGACCCUGCUAUGCCACGACAUGAUGGGCGGGUACCUGGAGGACAGGUUCAUUCAGGGCUCAGAGGUGCAGAAUCCCUACUCUUUCUACCACUGGCAGUGCAUUGACAUCUUUGUGUACUUCAGCCAUCACACAGUCACCAUCCCCCCUGUGUGCUGGACCAACGCCGCACACAGGCACGGAGUCUGCGUGCUGGGGACAUUUAUCACAGAGUGGCAGGACGGAGGCAGGCUCUGUGAAUCCUUCCUGGCUGGGGAUGUGCGCUCCUACCAGGCAGUGGCUGACCGGCUGGUCCAGAUCGCUCAGUUUUUUCGUUUUGAUGGUUGGCUCAUCAAUAUCGAGAACCCUCUGAGUCCAGCUGCUGUGGGGAACACACCUCCUUUUCUCCAGUACCUGACCACUCAGCUCCAUCAGCACGUCCCUGGAGGUCUGGUGCUCUGGUAUGACAGUGUGGUCCAGAGUGGGCAGCUCAAGUGGCAGAAUGAACUCAAUGAACAGAACAGGAUCUUCUUUGACUCUUGCGAUGGCUUCUUCACCAACUACAACUGGCGGGAAGACCACCUGCAGAGGAUGGUGGCACAGGCCGGUGAGCGCCUGGCUGACGUGUACGUGGGCGUGGAUGUGUUUGCUCGGAGCGACGUGGUCGGAGGCCGUUUUGAUACUGACAAGUCACUGGAGCUGAUCCGCAAGCACGGCUUCUCGGCGGCACUGUUUGCUCCUGGCUGGGUGUAUGAGUGUCUGGAGAAGAGUGACUUCUUUCAGAACCAGGACAAGUUCUGGAGACUGCUGGAGCGCUUCCUGCCCACGCACAGUAUCUGCUCCCUGCCUUUCGUCACCUCUUUCUGCCUGGGCCUGGGGACUCGAAGAGUCUGCUAUGGCAAGGAGCAGGUAGUGGGACCCUGGUACCACCCUAGCGCCCAGGAGACCCAGCCCCUCUUUGGUGAACACAAACUGGCUGGAGGUAGUGGGGGCUGGGUGAAGACACACUGCUGUCUGGCUGACGCUUGGCACGGGGGCGGUUCUCUGCUGCUCCAGGGCCUGAUCCCACCCGAGGUUGACAAUGUAGCCGUGAGGCUGUUCUCCCUGCAGAUCCCAGUGCCACCCAAGCUCUUCCUGUCGAUGGUGUACAAGUUCGAAGUCUCGACGGAUGUCCAGGUGGCUUUGGAGCUCACAACAGGGGAUGCCAGCAGCUGCCAUGUGGGUAGCGUGUCGGUGUUGCAUGCAGAAACUGGCUCAAGGCACAGACCCCGCCCCCUCCAGGUGCCCCCAACCAAGCUGGCCAGAUGGGUUGGCCGCUGUGGCCAGCAGCUCAGUGGGGGCUGGAUUCAACGCUGCUAUGAGGUGAGCCUGCAUGGGUGCCUGCUUCAGGACCUCUUGGUGAGCUUCUCACGGCCACCCGGCAGCCGGGAGGAGAAGAGUUUCAUUUGUCGCCUUGGAGAGAUCCAGGUGAUUGAUGCCAACAGCCUGCUGGUCCCCCUGCCCCGGGUGCAGAAUGUCACCAUUUCACAGCUCCGUUGGGUUCCCGUGGUCUCUGGGUCCGAGGGCGUCCCUGCCCGGCUCCUCCUCAGCUGCACUCUGCACUGGUCUUUCCUCCUGCUCCAAGCCCGGUGCUUCCGGAUUCACUGCUGGUCGCGGACAGGAAGCAGCUCUGCCACGGAGGGUACCCCUGGGACCGAGACGCCCAUGUUCCUGGGCCUGGCGUUUGCCAACCAGUUUCGUGUGGUGGACUUGGCUGUGGAGGCCGCUAGUUUUGGACAGGAUGGCCGUGUGGAGUUCCUGGUGGAGCCUGUCCCCAGGGAGGGCUUCCUGGUGCCUCAGGCCGAGUGGGGCAAGGCGGCCCUGCUCUACUCAGCCCCUCAGUGAGCCCAUCCCAGAGCACAGGACCUUCAAGAUCUGAGAUUUCUUCUUGGCCCGCCAUCCAGGGCUGAUGGUAGCUGGGUCUCCAGGACGGCAGGUCUCUAGGCUCUGACUAUGCUCUCAGGUAACUCUGACCCGUGGGUGCUCUUCAAGAAUUACCUAGGCUCCACAUCCUUCUGUGUAAUGCUCUCCAUGGGAUGCAGGUCUCAAGGAAGGAGGAGAGCAUGCGAGGUUUCUUCCAGAAAGUUCCAUAAAGGCUGUCCUGUCACUCAGAGUCUGAAAAGAUGCCUUUGUUGAGAA